AGCUGCGGGUCCACCGCCUUGUUGGACCCUUCAAGGUCCCUACCGACAACCCAGUCCCUACAUCAGACGGCCCUCAACGUUGAGUACAAAGGCAAGCCAGCGGCAAGGCGCUUUUCUUACGUUGUCCCUUUGCUACGCCAAAGCUUAAGCGAGAAGGGAGCGUUCCUUUUUUUCUCCACAAUGCAGGUUCCCCUGAUUCGCCUCCAAUGCGGGGCCAAUUCGUACGAGUGGGGGAAGAAGGGCAAUUCCUCUGCCGUCGCUAGGUUUGCUGCCGCGACGCCAUCCGCCAACUUCAGCAUCCAAGAUGACCGGCCGUAUGCAGAGUUGUGGAUGGGCACGCACCCCUCUAACCCGUCCAAAGAUGUAGCCACCGGCCGCACCCUGCUUGAUCUUGUCCAGGACAACCAAGCUCUCCUCGCCCCGUCCGUCGCUGCCCGCUACGGCGCCAAGGUUCCCUUUCUCUUCAAGGUCCUCUCCGUCAACAAGGCCCUGUCGAUCCAAGCACACCCCAACAAGAAGCUGGCCGAGCAGCUGCACGCGAAAGACCCCAAGAACUAUCCCGAUGACAAUCACAAGCCCGAGAUGGCCAUUGCCAUCACCCCGUUCGAAGGUCUCUGCGGCUUCCGCCCCUUGGACGAGAUUGCGCAUUUCCUGGAGUCGGUUCCUCCGCUGCGCCAGCUUGUAGGCGAGGACCACGCCAAGGAAUUCACCGACGUAGUUGGGAAAACUAGGGAAAAUGGCUCGGAGGAGGCAGUGGAGCAGAACAAGAAGGUUUUGCAAAAGGUCUUUGGCGCGCUCAUGUCGUCCACUGAGGCCGACAUGGCUGCCGCCACCAAGGUCUUGGUCGAAUCGGCCGCCAGCGCGGGGCGCGACUUCGCAGGAGGCGGUGUUGCUGCCACCUCAGGCUCGACCCUUGCCGAGUUGGUGACCCGUCUCCAUGGACAAUUUGGGCCCGACUACGGUCUCUUCGUACUCUUCUUCCUCAAUUUCGUCACGCUUCAACCCGGCGAGGCGCUCUUCCUCCGCGCAGACGACAUCCACGCCUACGUUAGCGGCGACAUUGUCGAGUGCAUGGCGAGUAGCGACAAUGUGGUGCGCGCUGGCUUCACACCCAAGUUCAAGGACGUGGACACCCUCGUCAGCAUGCUCACCUACAGCUAUGCACCCAUCGAUGAGCAAAAGAUGCACCCCGCAGAUUACCCAUACGCGACGCUCAACCGGAUUGCCUACAGCUCCGGGUCUUCCGUGACCCUGUACGACCCCCCAAUCGACGAGUUCAGCGUUGUGCGGACAACUCUCAGGGGAAACGGUGCCAAAGCCACGUUUGACCCCCUCGACGGCCCCAGCAUCAUCAUCUGCACGGCUGGCAAGGGCAAGAUCUCGGUUGGCCCCACGGUGCAGGAGGUCAAGGAGGGCUAUGUCUUCUUUGUGGGCGCCACGGCCGAAUGUGUCCUCGAGUGCGAGGGCGAAAGUGACGACGAUGAGUUCAUCACAUUCAAGGCGUUCUGCGAGGUUGAGGAGAACCGCAACGGCACGUUCUAAGUAUUGUUCGCUGUCAGCCCUUGGUUGAUAUGUUAGUGGUAUGAAAGCAAAGCGGAAAGCGUGCUUGCAAACGGACUGUUCCCUGGUUACUCUUGGUUGACUGCCUUACUUAGGCUUCCAUACCUGGCUCGAUUCGAUUCCCUCCACUUUUUGUCCAUUUGUCCCUGCCAAGUAGUAGUCCCUGCUCGCCCCUGUAGAGGUCCUUCAAUUCGGCAAAGUGUCGCGAUCUUCUCAAUGGAUGAUGGUUGAGGUGUUAGGCCGCAGUAGUCUACCGCGUCCCGUCCCAAUGUCAGUCAAGUGGCCAGAAUAGAUUGCGGGACACACAUACCUAUGAUGUAGACACAAUAUGGCGGGACGCGGGAACCCGGUUC